GGGCCGUGGCGGAAGCGGGGCGGGGCGCGGCCUCUUUGGUGCUGGCGGCCGGCGAAGAUGACGAAGGGUACCUCGUCGUUUGGUAAGCGACGAAAUAAGACACACACCCUGUGUCGUCGAUGUGGGUCCAAGGCGUACCAUCUGCAAAAAUCGACCUGUGGGAAAUGUGGUUACCCUGCUAAGCGUAAGAGAAAGUAUAACUGGAGUGCAAAGGCCAAAAGACGCAACACCACUGGUACUGGUCGCAUGAGGCACCUGAAAAAGGUCUACCGUCGGUUCAGGAAUGGAUUCCGUGAGGGAACCACACCGAAGCCCAAGAGAGCAGCUGUUGCAGCCUCCAGUUCAUCUUAAAGACUCAUCUAUUUGUUAAAAUAAAUGGUCUUAACCAGAAAA